UUAAAAUAACUCUAGUUGAGUUCAGUGUUUGGCUGUGUGAAUAUUAUUUUAAAUUGACUAUGGCUUUUUCUAAGGCUUCAAGAUUCCACGAACAAAUUACAUGUACACCUUCUCCCAUGGACUACAUAAUACCAAGCAAUUUUGACAUAGUUGUUACCAAGAAGCACAUAUCGUGGUUGAAGAAUAAUCCAAACCUGGGUUUCGGAGAUUUUCUAAAAUUUUACAACAAAGACUUAAAAACUCUCUCUGAAAAGAUAUAUCACCAAGAAUGUUCAAGCGAUUCUGGAGACACAUAUAUCGUCAAAAAGAAAACUAAUACUGUGUCAAACAGAAGAAUAAAGAUGGCUGAAUCUAAAGCUCCGUCUUUUAUGAAUAGAAAAAAGAUCGUCCACUGUUGCACAUCGGAAAAACCAGCAGUUAAUAAAUUUCAAAAAAAUAGCAGAUUUUCUAGCAAGAGAAAGUCUAUAUGCCCUACACAAAAAUCAAUAAAAUCAGCUAAUAAAACUUCAGAAAAUCAGCUUCCUUUAGAGAAACAUUCUUCUACAAGCUCUCUUAAUUACAAUGCAGAUAGCGAAGGUAGUAAAUCUGAGGCAAAACCCUUAAGCGAAAAUUGUAAUCAGAGAAAAGGGACUUUCAUUAUAACUAAAAACGAUGACCAUAUUGAAUCCGUCCCAAAGUUAGCAGAUAAGACUGAAUCGCUCAAUAAUGAAUUAGAGCAAGCAUCUACGUAUUCCAUAACUAGUAGCUUAGAAAUUGAAGAGAUGUUAACCAAAAAUUUGUUUUAUAAUGAAAGUAUGUUAGAAGAGGAGCUUAAAAUGCAAUUGAACAUAUAUUUAGAAGCUGAACAGGCUCAGUCUUCCGAUAUUGAAGAAUGGUUCGAAAAAUCGCGUAGUGAAGAUAAUGAAAAAAUUUUAAACUUUAAUGCGUUGGAACAACACUUGGAGGAAACGAACAGCGUUAGUGCUGAAAAUGAGACUGAAUUCUAUAUGAGUGAAACGUUCAUUGAUGAUGAUUACGACUCGUACCUGAAUAUGGAAAAAGGUGGAGAGCGAGGUGGUAUAGAUAAUGAAAGUUUCUUUGAGCUCUAUCAAUCUAUAAUAGAAAAAUACACUAACGAAGUGUUGCCGGCCCAAACCGAAGACCAAGGAAAUUAUCAGAAAUUGGCACUUAGUAUGGAAGGUCAAAAACAGGAGAACUCCUUUCUUGCCACAUUCGACAUGUUGUUUGGCGAAUGUAAGAACGGCCGCCGUUUGAGGACGGAAAUGGAGAAAGUUGUCAAGAAUGCCAUUUCUGAACUUAAAGUACAAUUCAAGAAAGAAAUCUACAGAAACACUGAAGAUAAGUUACAUGGGCUUAUUUCAGAAAUAGUACUGCUGAGUAGAGAGGCCGAUCGAAGUACCGAAGAUAUGUGCGAUGUGGCUUCUAACACGUUAAUAGCGAAACUGGAAAGUCUCAUGAAUUAACCAUGGUGGUCUCUCAAGGAGACGCAAUUAUGUGUAAUGUGAAUGUCCCAAUAAAAAUGUAUUGUCAAUAUACAAUGUUUAAUUUGUCAAUAUACAAUAUAAA